GCGCCAAGAAAAGUGUGGGCAUACCGUAUAGACUGAGAUGUCCUGGGCAGGUGGAACCGGGGCUUCUGGUUCUACGUUCAAACUCCGACCGAUUCAUGUUGCAUACAAGCAACACCGAGGGUCAUAAGAACCCUUUUAGACGCACUAUUGUGAAGAGACCAAGGCAUAGCGAACCUGUACAAAAGACAAACGGUAGCGGCGGAUCAUGGGGCCGCGGCGGCAGGGGUCGUGGGGGCCGAGGUCGCGGGGGCGGCGGCGCGGCGAGCCUGCUUGCCGGUUCCGGUGGCGCCGCCCCCGCGCUCCAGGCCAGCCAGUAUCCGCCGGGCUUGCAGGCCGUGGGGCCCGGUCUGCGCGAGGUCGUCAACAUCCUCGGGCAGCGCAAUCAGGCCGGCACGCUGACGGGCAUCGGCCCGCCAGCCGGUGCCUCCGACAACGAGGCUACCGAUGAGGAGGAGGAGGCGGCGCGCAAGGGACCCCCCAAACCGCUCUACAGGAGGCUCAUCAACUACGUCCGACAAGCCUGGACCGGCGUCAAGUUCGCUCUUGCUGAUAUGAUGUGCGACAUAGAUUCGGAGUACGAGGAGGAGCAGACGCCGCGCUACAGGCCGGACUCGCUGGCCAGCCUGUGUCGGGCGACGCGAUUCACCGAGGCCGAGAUGAAGCGCAUCUACCGGGGCUUCAAGGCCCAGUGUCCCACGGGCGUCGUGCGCGAGGAGACCUUCAAGAUCAUCUACUCGCAGUUCUUCCCCCAGGGAGCCAACACCAGCCAGUAUGCCCACUACGUCUUCAACACUCUGGACCACGACCACAGCGGUAUUCUCAGUUUCGAGGAUUUCGUCGUGGGCCUGAGCAUCCUGUCGCGCGGCUCGAUGGACGAGAAGCUGCGCUGGACGUUUUCCCUGUACGACAUCAACGGCGACGGCUGCAUAACGCGCGAGGAAAUGACCGACAUCGUUACCGCCGUUUACGAGCUCAUGGGCAAAUUCGCCGAUCCAAAUCUCAGCCAUAACCACGAAGGCGUCAGGCAGAAGGUCGACCGGAUGUUCCAGAAAAUGGACGGCAACAAGGACGGUGUGGUGACGCUCUCCGAAUUCAUGGAGGCCUGCAACAACGACCCGGAGAUAACCGAGGGCAUCGCGGCUUUGGACACGGCCUUCUGACACGCGGCGCGCCCCCUUUACUCGCCAUGGACCUGAGCUGCCCUAAGCAGUCGCUCACUUCGAUAUUAUCUGCCAGAAUCGUCUCUGAAGCACUACCACCACACCACCAGCACCACCACCGCAUCAGCAGCAGCACAACCCGGCGAUCGAAAGUCGCCGGAGGCGCGCGUCUAGUCGCGAAGCAAUGAGAGCUGCUCUCUCUUUUGUCUAAGAAAAUUAAGAAAACACUGCGAAAAUUGCAAGGAAAAGCUGUUUGUACUCUAUAGUCUAUGUCCGAAAGGGGGGUGAGUUGUUUGUAUAGUCCCCUCGCGAUCGUUUGAUGAAUACGAGGUAUAUUGUAAUAGAGGAAAGGAAGUUUAGAGGGGGAGCGUAACGGUGCCAAAUAAUCCACGUGUUGACCUUAGCUUGUAGCCGCACGUUUGUUAACUGUUAAGCUGCAGAGACGAGAGAGAGAAAGAGAGAGAGAGAGUUGAGUCGGGAAGGAAAAAUAUUUAAAGAGAAACGGAUGUGAUUUUAUUACUUAGAUACGAGGUAUUUCACGGUUUCGUAUAAAAAAAGUUACGUUCGUGCAGUAUCGUUUUAUCCUAUAUACGCGAUUUCGGCGCAGUUUCCGAUUAGUUGAGCUUGUAUUUGAUUCGAUCGGCAAAAGCUAGGGUUUCGAUAUGAAAAAUUCACUGCUCAAGCCGUAUAAUUUUAACGAAAAAUCGUAUCUAUAUAAAUUAAAGAGAAAUGAAGCUACUACAAUACAAAGUCUAUGAUAAAUAUCAAAGUAUUAAAAAUAAAAAAAAAUAGAAUAAAAUAAAAAUGAUAAACAGGGAAGGUUACAGAGUUGCGUAACGAGUAAACACAGAUAAAUAGAAAAAUAACCGAAUAACAAAGUGUAUAUUUAAACGAACAAACGUGCGCGCGUGAUCGCGUUCAGGGUGAAUAUAUAAAAUAUAUAUUACGAAGAAGUGUCCAGAGCAUAAGUAUAUGUAGAUACAGGUACGAGGGAGUCGUCGUUGUUUUUUUAUCGAAUUUUUUUUUCGUUGUGAACGGAGUGCGUAGUGGCGAGCCUGCGAAAAAUCAUUGUUUAUUGAUAGAAUUUAAGAGGCGGUACACGAGCCCAUGUACGCCACGCAUAUAUUAUAUAUUGUAUACCUACGUAAGUUAUGCAUAAGGGGAUGUGGGGUUUUAUUUUUAUGACGAGAUAUUUAACUUAAAGAGGAAUAUCGAGUUUAUAUAUAGAGAUAUUGAACAAUCGGGCUGUUAAGAAACGAGGAAGAUGUGCUACGUGUGCGUCGUUUGCAAUUAGUUUUUCAAUUUGUUUUCUAUAACAACGGCAUGAAUAACUAACUCACGUCCGUUCAAAGUCGUGCAAGUGCGACGCUUGUAAUAACAUUAUAUAUUAUCUUCUGAUAUAGUUAAACGGAAAUAUGUGAUAAAUUUCGUUUAAUUAUAAUAUAUUGACGAUAGUAUUUAAGUGAUAAACAUGUUUUUAUAUAACGUAGUGGAACAUACGAAGGUCAGUUGUUAUAUUUCUAUCUGAUAAAACUAUAUAGUUAUAAUAAAUUUACGUAUUAUAUAUAGUUACGUGCAUAAAGCAUGUACGAUACAUAAAAUUUAACUAGACGUUACAUUUUUCUCGGAAAGUAUUCGCUUUGUAAGAUAGAGAACAUUAUUGAUUCUAUGAAAAACGACGAACGCGCGCACAGCGCAAUCAAUGAUGGAAUUUCAGAGAAGACGCGCAUAUAAUCAUUUUUAACAUCACUGCCUAAGUUUUCGGAAAUGAAUAUAAAAGAGCGGCUGCAUGUAUCGUAAAAGUAUCUUUCUUUCGGCAACUGCAUUUUAAAACGAUGAUUGAAUAAACCGACUAAACGAGACGUCCGUAACACAGCAACGUAAAAUUUAAAUUCGAAUCGUGCAAUCGAAAGAUAUAUGUCAAAUUUAAAAAAAGAAUUCAUUGAGAGAAGGAAAACGUGGGAGAGAAACGAAGUCUUCGAUUAUUAGCAGCGCCUGUAUUGUUUAUAGCACGUAAGCAUUAUAAAUUAAUUAUCAUUAUAAUUAUUAUUAUAUUACGAAGAUGAAAAUGAGAUAAUGCACAUCGAAUGUGCACGUCUCAUGUGAACUCUAUCACUACCGUAUGUCUUUGACGUUAAUCGUAAAUGUAUAAAAAAUAUCAUAUACACUGGAGCUAAUUAAAAAAAAAGUAUCCACGAGUAUUGAGAACAAUUUAAACGAGGAUUCCGCGAUCGAAGCGCGAAAUCGAACGAAUAUAAAAAAUACCUAUACUAUCUCAUAAAAUUGUAGAUUCGACUAUGUCUAAGGCGAGUGAACGAGCUGUGUUGUUUAUCUUCUUGAUAUCUCUUGGUAAAAAAGAGAGACAGAGAAGCACACUCUUCCAUCUCUUGCCCGAGCGUAUAAAAGUUUAUAUCUGUCGUGUAGUAAAACUCUGUGCAGUGUGUAAUAUCUUUGAAUUAUAAAAGAGCUACGCGAGUUACCUCCAGUACAUAGGCAUUUGAAACUAUAGAAAUAUGUGUUUUUGAAAAAUAACCAGCUGCAAAAGAUUAGAAGGGUUCGCGAAUUCAUCAUCUGUAUAUUUUCUAACAACGAGACCGAAAAACAAUAAUUUAUUCUGAUUCGAGUAAACUUCUUCUUUGUACUAGCUAUAAGUCUAUUCUCUACGCGAUUUAAAAAUCCAAUGGCUACAGGUAAUAUUAUAUUGGUUAUAUUAAGCUACUUCUAGAAUUCAAUUUAUACGAAGAAUCGGAAUAAACUACAAAAUAUAUAACGAUCAGCUUGAUAAUGAAAUAUACUAAAGAACUAAUACGAAUUCAUUAAAUUAGGAUAAAAAGUUCUUUGAUUUAAACAUAUGUUCGCUCUGUUUUUCCUCGUUCUAUUCGAAAAUGCUUCAUUACCUAAUGUAUACAUAAAAGUAUUUUUGCAAAGAAAUCCGAAGCACCUAUUUUCCCAUUUCCGCGGCGCAAUUACUGAUGAGGGCAAACCUUCUAUACUAUACUCUUCGUAGCUAAAACCAAUAAGAACACGUGCAGAGAAAUUGAGCGUAGGAAUGAUAUCUAUAUACCUUCUCUACUACUCUACGUCUAUCUAACUUAUAUGCGCAUAAUGAAAAUUGUUCUAGGGCGCGACUAUAACUUCUAUUAUAUUUAUAUAUCUGUCGCGGCAGAUCUACGAAUACUCUAUUCAAAAGUCUACAAUUCCUCUCCUCGAUAUAGAUAGCAACACACACACGCGCGCGUUAGGGCUCGAACACAUACACAUGCGAAUAAUGGCGACGGCUUACGACUCGAAGCUGCGCGCACGUCCGGUCUGCGAAUUGCGAGAGAAAGAGCUGGGAAAUCGUACAAAUGCAAGGUACAGGAUCGAGAAUGUGGCAAAGGCUAGAGUGGAAUCGAGCUGUCAUGCAUACUUUUCUUUCUACUCCUACACGUAGAAAUAUUUUUCUCUCAUGUUUCAGUAAAAAUGUCGAAUUUUAAGGAGCUUUGCAGAGCUUUGACAGUUUAAUUCCACGAGUUUUCACCUUGUCAGCAAUGCUGCGAUGAACUCGUAUCAGUGCCGAUUUUUUCUCAAUAUCGCGAAGGUAUUUUUCUAUAUCGAAAUCGAAAUUUAAAUACGAAUAGAGAAACUAUUUUCGUUAUUAUGCAUACAGCCCAUGUAAUGGUGAGCAGAAAAUAUAAAAGUAUUAUACUUUCUGAUAUAUAACUGGUUUUUCCAUGUACAAAUUGAAUAAAAGUAUAAAUUAUUGAGAAAAAGUCGAAAGAAUAAAAUGAAGAUAUAUUUUGAAAUCGUGAAAAAAAAUAUGGCUCCGUCGUGCAACCUGUAACAAUAAGGAUCUGAGAAAGCAAACAACGUGAAGGUAUUUCGAAGUCGACGUUUACACUUGUAAACCCAAUAUGACAAUUAUAGCAAGGGAUCAUGCGAGCGAAGAUAACGAAUUAAAACAAUCUCUUUUUUUAACUCGCGCACGUACGAAACAAAAAUAAACCGACGACAAUGGAAUCCGACAAAUACAAUGGUGAAAAGCUGAAAAUACAAAUAUGAUCGGGCUGUGUAUGCAAUGGCUGACGAUGGUCCAAUCAUAGACUUUAUGAGAGUAUAUAUAGCAUAAGAAAAAAAAAUAUAAAUAAAGUUAAUCCGUAUAAGAGAAAAUAUAUAUAGAGAGAGAUGAAAAAAAAAAGAUUAGCCUAAUCGUAUGUUAUGUGCACGCUGGAAUAAACGCCUGGAAUUUAUUUAUGAAAGAGCGCGAGCAUAUUUAACAAAGCAGGUGACUGUAUAAUAGUACAUAUGCCUAUACGCAUUAUAUGGUGCGAGUAGAUCUUGAACAUAUUAUAUAUGCCGGUAAUUUAUUUUGCGUUAGAGCUCGCCAUACUGUCGCGUCGAAUCGAGUUUUCCUAUACUUAUGCUUCGACUAUUUAGCGAAUGCAGAUAAAUCAGCCGCUGCUCCCAUUUUGACGAACUUCUUUAUUCGAAGAUUAGAAUUGUAAUAACUGUAUUGUAAAUAUCGCACGUAACACAGCAUCGAUUUGAAAGGGAAAAACUAUGUUCGACGGGAUUUAGCGACUUCGAAAAAGUGUUAUUAUUAUAGUAUAAUUACAGCCCUUGUAGAAGGUGUAACCAGGACACGUGCAUGGCAGGGUUCGGAUUGUACAUAAAUUCUCAGGCGCGUCACGACGGACACAAAUUUAUCAAUUCGCAGAGGUAUAUAUGAAAAAAAAAAUUAUAAUUUUUAUGCGACGUUAAAGAUUGGCAGAGAAUGACUUUAAGAUAUUGUCGAAGAGAUAAAAUAUAAAAUUGUACGAGAUAGAAGAGAGUUAACAGAAGCACGAUUGCAGAUCUGGAAAUAAAUAAAAGAGUAAAAUAUACAUCUAUACGUGGCGAUAUAUUUUCGGUGUAAAUCUAUCGUAUAUGUAUAUGUCCAUGAUAAAGCUGCGUGUCUUAUAGCUUUAAAGAGAGAGAGAGGCUCGCCUAUACGGCUUCGUGAAAGCGAAUCUCACACACAGAUAUGAAUUCUACGAACAGCUGUAUGGAUUUAUGAUAUCGAGUUGUGCUAUGGAUAUGAUUAUUGGCAAAUUUUCGCAAGUAUCAACAAACAAAUUUUAAUUUCCAUCGGCAAAAAGUGAAUGGUUACUUUCAUAGGUCGCAACGCGCGAGCGCGUACGAAGUAAUCGUUUGGAUGUUGGUUGUUAAAUGUUAGGCUAAUUAAGGCGACGGCUAACGAAUUAACGCAAAAUGUGUAUAAUAAAACACCGGCAAGAAAGCCGAUGAACGUCGGAUGAGCAAAAAUUCAUCCCUUGACGUUUUCUGGCGACAUCGCGUCGAUCAUUACGUGUAUAAUCAGAACGAUGCAGGAUUAUAUAUUAUGAGAGCAAGGUUCCACCGAAGAAGUAUUUAUAGAUGUAUUUUCGAGAAGUACUGAGUUUGUCAUCAUACGAAGCAAAUUUUAGGUCGAAGAGAACGAGAGGUAGCGGUUAUAAUCGGAAAUUUUUUGCAAAAUUCAAAGGAUGAUUUUCAUUCUUUUCGAAAUUCUCGUUAUUAAAGACGUUUAUAAACUUACAAGCUUUUAUAUGUAUUAUAUAUAUAUGAUCAGUAUCUCGCUAACGGCUAAAUUGACAAACGUUGAAAGAUAUUUCUUUUUUUGCAAAAUUUUCGGUAAUGCAUACUUCGAGCAGAGAGAACAAUUAAUGAUCGACGAAGCGAAUUAGCUAAGCGCAGAGAACGGAGGAACAAAGACCGUAACAAUAAUUAAGAAAACAUGUUAAAUAGCCAUAAACUGUGCUGUUAAAUGUCAAGGAUUUAUAAAAAAAAAGUACAUAUAGAAUCAGACGUAUAUUGUACUUUGGAAAGUGGCUCAAGAUAAAAAAUACCAGCGUCGAUGUAUAAUGUAAUAAAAAAAAGAUACUCCCACGUAUGCAAAAGUAUGAGCAGACACAUCCCUUUAUAAUUUGGCUGGAGCAGCGAGAAAACGAAAUAACAAAUUCGACUGGUGGCGCAGAGCCUCGUGCACUGCCCGUCGCUUUAUCCGCAAGGAACGAAAACGCGAACACAACAGGAAAAUUAAAACGCUGCGUAAUAAUCUUUCUUCGCUUCAGAGAGUUGCUUCAACCAAGUCUGAUCUCGCCACUGCCUCGAAGAUUGUGAGGGACUUUGGCGCGUGAGGGUAACGAGAAUUAAAAAAAAUAAAUAACAAACACAUACACUACCAUAUCAGCUUGUAGCUACUUGCGAAAUGAACUUUAAGUUGAGCGUGUAACGAUUACUUUAUAUAGAUUUGCGCACAGAUGAAAGGACGCCGUUAUUCUUUUUGAUCCCCAUUUUACUAUCGCCGCGUACUUGACAUUAACAUAUUCACGUAGCAUAAGCGAACAGUUUUUUUACGCAAAUGGAUUUAGUUUGGUACCUUAGAACGAAUUUUGAAAACCGCCACGUUAUUUUCUCUGCGCGCAAAUCGGACUGGUAACGAACCAGUUUUAUUGUUGCAUACAUAAGCAUUAGAUAAUAUGCACUUUUAUUGUCAUCAAGGCGUUGCGGAGUCGAUAUACAUAAUUAUAGUUUACGCCAGAGCCUAUAGUUAACUAUUGGUUUCCAUUGUAAUUAUUAAUUAAAACGAAUGAAUUAAUUAAAUUGUAUUAUAAAUGGGAGUAUGUAACUAUUUUAUAAAAAUAAAUAGAUAACUCAUGUU